AAAUUUAAAAUAUCUUAAUCACCAUCUUCUUUUUAUCUUCAUCUCUAGCGAUCAGUUCUCCCAGAUUAUUGUACUGGUGAAGUUUAUAGCGUUUGAGGCAGAAAAUGAGGAUUGAAUCGGACACUGAUGGAGUAUCGGCUUCCAGGAAUCAUUUGGUCUUUGCUUAUUAUGUCACUGGCCAUGGCUUUGGUCAUGCCACUCGUGUAGUUGAGGUGGUGCGUCAUCUAAUAAUGGCCGGGCAUGACGUGCAUGUGGUAACUGGUGCUCCUGAGUUUGUUUUCACUUCUGAAGUUCAAUCCCCUCGCCUAUUCCUUCGCAAGGUUCUGUUAGACUGUGGAGCGGUUCAGGCAGAUGCAUUGACCGUGGAUCGUCUUGCUUCCUUGGAAAAGUAUUCACAGACAGCUGUGGUACCUCGGGCUUCCAUUUUGGCAACAGAAGUGGAGUGGCUGAACUCUAUUAAAGCUGACUUAGUGGUCUCCGAUGUUGUUCCAGUUGCAUGCCGUGCAGCAGCUGAUGCCGGAAUUCGCUCUGUUUGCGUCACCAACUUUAGUUGGGACUUCAUCUAUGCAGAGUACGUCAUGGCUGCUGGACAUCAUCAUCGGUCAAUAGUUUGGCAGAUAGCAGAAGAUUAUUCUCACUGUGAAUUUUUGAUCCGCCUGCCUGGAUACUGCCCAAUGCCUGCUUUUCGGGAUGUUAUUGAUGUUCCCCUGGUUGUUAGAAGAUUGCACAAAUCCCGCAAGGAGGUGAGGAAGGAACAAGGCAUUGAGGAGGAAGUGAAGCUAGCUAUUCUGAACUUCGGUGGGCAGCCAGCAGGCUGGAAGUUAAAGGAGGAAUUUUUACCUCCUGGUUGGCUGUGCCUGGUCUGUGGUGCAUCUGACACUCAGGAGCUUCCUCCAAAUUUUAUAAAGCUGGCAAAAGAUGCAUAUACACCUGAUCUUAUAGCAGCAUCUGACUGUAUGCUUGGAAAAAUUGGUUAUGGCACUGUGAGUGAGGCCCUGGCAUACAAGCUACCUUUUGUUUUUGUUCGCCGAGAUUAUUUCAAUGAAGAACCUUUCUUAAGAAAUAUGCUUGAGUUUUACCAAGGAGGUGUUGAGAUGAUUAGAAGGGAUUUACUUACUGGCCAUUGGGCACCUUAUCUUGAACGUGCAAUUACUUUGAGACCAUGCUAUGAAGCAGGCAUCAAUGGUGGUGAGGUGGCGGCUCACAUAUUGCAGGAGACAGCUUUUGGUAAAAAUUAUGCGUCUGAUAAGCUUAGUGGAGCUAGAAGGUUGCGUGAUGCCAUUAUUCUUGGGUAUCAACUACAAAGGGUCGUUGGGCGAGAUAUCUGCAUUCCAGAUUGGUAUGCAAAUGCUGAAAGUGAACUUGGUCUUGGAAGCGGAUCACCCACUUUCCAAAUGAGCGAGAAAAGUUCCUUGAUGAACUCAUUCACAGAAGACUUCGAGAUUCUUCAUGGAGAUACUCAAGGUCUUCCAGACACAUUAACUUUUUUGAAGAGCUUAGCAGAAUUAGACGCUGUUUAUGAUUUGGGGAAAAAUGCUGAGAAGCGCCAGAUGCGGGAGCGUAAGGCUGCUGCUGGACUUUUUAAUUGGGAGGAAGAAAUUUUUGUGACCAGAGCACCUGGGCGUUUAGAUGUAAUGGGAGGGAUUGCUGACUAUUCGGGGAGCCUUGUAUUACAGAUGCCAAUUAGAGAAGCCUGUCAUGUUGCUAUCCAAAGGGUUCAUCCAAGUAAACAUAGACUUUGGAAACAUGCACAGGCCCGACAGCAAGCUGAAGGACAUUGUUUAACACCCGUCUUGCAAAUUGUGUCAUAUGGUUCAGAAUUGAGCAAUCGUGGCCCAACCUUUGACAUGGAUCUAUCUGAUUUUAUGGAUGGAGGAAAGCCAAUAUCAUAUGAGAAGGCAAAUAAAUUCUUUGCUAAGGAUCCUUCCCAAAAGUGGGCAGCAUAUGUUGCGGGUGCUAUUCUGGUUUUAAUGACAGAAUUAGAUGUGCGUUUUGAGGAUAGUUUAAGUAUUCUGCCAUUUCGAAGAUUCAAAUUUGGUGCACAGGUAUCUUCUACUGUCCCUGAAGGUAAAGGAGUAUCUUCUUCUGCUUCUAUUGAGGUCGCUACCAUGUCUGCCAUAGCUGCUUCUCAUGGAUUAACUAUUAAUCCAAGAGAUCUUGCAUUGCUUUGCCAAAAGGUGGAGAAUCAUAUUGUUGGAGCUCCGUGUGGUGUUAUGGACCAGAUGACUUCAGCUUGUGGCGAAGCCAAUAAACUUCUUGCAAUGGUGUGCCAGCCUGCUGAGGUAAUUGGGCUUGUUGAAAUUCCUGGCCACAUACGAUUUUGGGGAAUUGAUUCCGGAAUAAGACACAGCGUUGGAGGUGCUGACUAUGGAUCCGUCAGGAUAGGCACCUUUAUGGGUCAAAAAAUAAUUAAGUCCAUAGCAUCUUCUAUCCUAUCUCGAUCACUGCCUGAUGCAAAUGGAUUCAGCCUCGAUGAGUUGGGUGAUGAUGGUAUUGAACUACUAAAAUCUGAAACAUCAUUAGAUUACUUAUGCAACCUGUCACCUCACAGAUAUGAGGCCGUUUAUGUUAAGAUGCUGCCCGAGUUCAUGCUUGGUGAGACAUUUGAGGAAAAAUAUGUUAACCACAAUGAUCCAGUCACAGUAAUUGAUCCAAAGCGUAAUUAUGGAGUUAUAGCACCUACUAGACAUCCUAUAUAUGAAAAUUUCCGGGUCAAGGCAUUCAAAGCAUUGUUAACAUCAACAACGUCACACGAGCAACUUACAGCUCUUGGAGAAUUAUUGUAUCAGUGCCAUUAUAGCUACAGUGCUUGUGGACUUGGCUCGGAUGGAACGGAUAGGCUUGUACAAUUGGUACAAGAAUUGCAACAUAGUAAAGUCUCUAAAUCUGAUGAGGGGACAUUGUUUGGAGCCAAGAUAACAGGCGGAGGCUCAGGGGGAACAGUUUGUGUGAUUGGAAGGAACUGCUUACAGAGCAGCCAACAAAUUCUUGAGGUUCAGCAGAGAUACAAAGAUGCCACGGGCUAUUUGCCCUUUAUUUUUGAGGGUUCAUCACCAGGCGCUGGGAAGUUUGGGUAUCUUAGAUUACGCCGUCGCAGCUCUGCCAAGCAAAAUUAAUUGAGAUUUCAAAGGAACACUAUUAUUUUAUUUUCUAUUUAUAACUUAUAUUAAACUUUUUCCAAUAAGUUGCAUCGAUUAAUAAAAAUGACGUCUGUUUCUAUUUAUAAA